AUGAGCAGCCUCGGAGCCAAGGUCAAAGACAUCCUCCACAAGGACCGCCCCGAAGAUUCCCCUCAUCCCCCAGGUUCGUUCCCCACAGAAGACAUGGAACCCAGCGAAAUUGAGCAAGGCUGGUCCAAAGGACACGAACACAACAAGCUUCACAAGGCUGACGAUCCCCGCGGUUGGACAGAGAGCGAAAAUGAAGCUUCCCGCGGCCACGGAUACAAGGACUCCGGCGUUGGAAUGACCGAGUCCGAUAACCGCACUUCCUACAAGCCUUCACAAGACCCCAUGUCCGAGAGACGCGAUGAGCCUUUCUCUGAGAGACAAGACGACAAUCUGAACCGAACAACCGAGACCGGUGCAUUGGGACAGAAGGACCCCCUUGCACCAUCUACCGCCGAGCACCCCUACUGGGGUGACCUCCCUAGCGAAGGAGGUGUCCACAACUCUGUAAUUGGCCAUGGCAGCCCCGAGGAUGAAGAGCGACGUCACAAAGCUAUUCAUGCCGGCGCGACAGAGCCAACUCGAACAUCCGGCACCCUGGAGAGCGGUACCUUCCUCAGCCGACGCGGCCGCGACGAGGCCUCUACCAACACUGAACCCUACGGCGGCCGACCCGAUGACCGACAGCACCCUGACGAGAGAACAUCUGGCUCCCACUUCAAGGAGGGUCUUGCUGGCGCCGGUGCUGCUGGUACUGCUGCCUAUGGAGCACACGAAUUGAACAAGCGACAUAACGAAAAUGAGGAGUCUAGAAGGUUGGACCAGACUACCGACCGAUCCCAGCCUGAGGAGCACAAGCAGAGGGCAUUCCCUCUCCUCGGAAAGGAUCACAAGGAGCCUCAUCAUACUGAGAAGGUCAAGGAGGACAAGCAUAAUGACAAGGACCAUGAUAGCAAGCUCGGCGGUCUCCUCGGCCGGAAGAGCAGCAAGGAUGAGUCUGCUCGUCUCGACGAGCAAGAUCGGGACAAGCACCACCACUCCAAGACUGGUCCUGCUCUUGGUGCCGCUGGCGCUGCCGGAGCCUAUGCCGAUACCAGGGAUCGUGACGAUGACAACCGUCGUGACACAACCACCAACAAAUACCAAGAUCCUUCUGCGCAAGACGUGCACCCGGAUGAGAAGAAGCACGGCAGCAAGCUCGGUGCUCUUUUCCACCGAAAGGGAAGCAAGGAUGAGACCGACCGCACCGAAGAUUACGACAACGACAAGCAUCACCACUCCAAGACUGGCCCUGCUCUGGCUGCCGCUGGUGCUGGUGGCGCUUAUGCUGCUACGAGAAACCGCCAUGACGAUGACAACAACCGUCGCGACACAACUACUGGCGCAUACCAGGACCCUUCUGCAACCCAGAACACCACCAAGUACCCUGCCGCUGGUCUCGACUCUACUCGGGACUACACCACACAGAACCCUUCCUCUGGUGGUGUGACUCAGAAGCCUUACCGUCAAGAGGAUAUUGACUACCACCGACGCUCUGGACUUGCCACUGGUGCUGCAACUGGUGCUGCCGCUGGUCUCGGCGCUGGUGCUCUUGCGUCACAACAUGGUCGUCGCGACGACGAUCGAUCUGCCGCCCAACCAAUGUCAGCCUAUGACAACCAGAGCUAUGAUCCCACUGCUACAUCUCAACCUCAACAGAAGCAAGGCUCUCAGGGCCUCCACGGUUUGAGUGCACCCGCUGUCGCUGGGUACUCUGACCCCAAGGAGCUUCAAGACACUCGAGGUGCUCAGGCUGCCAACUUCUCCCACAAGGACCCUGUUGGACAGACUCAGCAGCAUGAUUCUCACCGAGGUGCAGGUCUUGCUGCCGGUACCGCCGCCGCCGGUUUAGGUGCUGGCGUUUUGGCGUCUCACUCUGGUCGUGAUCGUGAUGAGCACUCCGGCAUUGACUCUAACAGAGGGUUCGAGAACCAAUCGGCAUACCCCACUGAGGGUUCUACCAUGAACCCAUCUUCUCGUUCCUACGAGCAGCAGGACUCCAGCCGUGGCACUGGUUUCGGUGCUGGCACUGCUGCCGGACUCGGCGCUGGCGCUCUUGCCUCUCGGGCUGGUCGCGACCAUGAUGAGCGCUCCGGACUUGGCUCCAACAGAGGUUUUGAGUCCAGCGAUGCUUACUCUGGUGAGCGUUCUGCCAUGAACCCUGGAUCUCAGUCCUAUGAGCAGCGGGAUUCUCAUCGAGGUGCUGGACUGGCUGGAGGUGCUGCAACCGGCCUUGGAGGAGGUGCCUUAGCUUCCCAUGCCGCUGAACACAGACGGGAGAAUGAGCAAUUUAACACUGGCAACGACCAACAUGGCUUCCAGACUGGUAACACUGGCUCUGGUCUGGGUGAGAACCCUAACAUGGGCAACACUUCUGGGUUUGACUCUUCCAACAAGCAGGCUCUUCCUGGCUCUCAACACGAGUCCCAGCCCUUCACAGAGCGAAAGCAGGAACAUGACCACACUCUUAUGGAUAAUGCCAACGCUGGAAAGUAUAACAAGCUUUCGUCUGGUACACCCUCUGGGAUCGCAUAUGAAUAA